AUGCCUCCAGGAGCUACUUCUUCGUUGACCAACUGGCGAUGGGCCGAUGGAACAGUGGUGGCCAGCGAAGAAGCUGACUGGUCCGGGUCCUCCAUUCAACCAUCCAAUCGUCCAGAGGCCAUUGUCUUGGCUCGAGUGGCAGAAUGGAAAUGGAUUCCGUCGGCACAGAACGUCUGGAACUCGUUCCUCUGUCAGAGCAAACCAAAAUCGUGCACGUUUCCUGGAAUCAGCGACGCCGGGCGGGUUUCGUUCACUUCGGCUAACUUCGCAAUUGGAACGAGAGCUGUGUAUUCGUGCGAACUGGGCUAUGAACUUAUCGGCGAUGUUGAGCGGCUGUGCGACGAGACGGCCCGAUGGAGCGGGACCAUUCCAAAAUGUCGAAAGAAGAAAUGCGAGAGCCUUGAGGUUUGGCGUGGUGGUGGAAUCGUACGAUUACUGAAUGAAACGGCUGAGUUUGGCAAUGAGAUCCAGUACGAAUGUCUCAGUGGCUGGAAAUUGGUGGGCGAAGAGAGGAGGAGAUGUCAACACGACGGUUCAUGGAGCGGUACAGCUCCCUAUUGUAAAAGUGGUGGAUUGCGAAGCUCCACCCUCGAUUUCGAAUGGACGAGUUUCCGUGUCGACAACGACAUUCAACUCACAAGCGAACUACACCUGCAUAGAUGGGUAUCGUCUUAUCGGGCACGACAAAGUCACCUGUGCUGCGAAGGGAAUGUGGGAGCCUGCCGUUCCUGUUUGCUACGACAUGGCGACGUUGCGAGAGCUGAGCGGUCCCAACUCGACGGAGAGUCAUGCAGGACUCGCGGCUUUAGGCGUCGUGCUCGCGUUUAUACUUGUCUUCGUCGUGUUUCCGAUUUUCAAAAACAAGCCAAAUCUGUUUCAAUCAGUGAAAAACCUCCACUUCCUGGCGCCACUCCUCCUGGUCUCAUCUAUGUGACGCCAUCGAUGUUGACCAAUCCACAGGACUCUGUAGUCUACUACGCAUCCAGCAUGCCAUUCACGAAAAUGGAGAUCCCUCCACAUUUGCUUUCACUGAAGCAUCUACCGAAUGGUAACAUCGAGGCCACACUCCCAAUUGGGCGUCCAUUUAUUCGACCCCAACUGCCAGUGUUCUCGUCGUCGCCCACGCCGUCUCAGCUGCUCUACUCAUUCGAUUACGAGCCUAUCUAUGACGUUCCUCCAGACGUGCAACGAAGACCAGAGACCGAGCAAGAGGAAAAUAUCUAUGAAAAGCUGCCAGAUGUUAAACCUACUCCAUAA